AACCCCUAUGGGAACGCGUCCCCAAGGUGGCGGAUAGGGGAGCGCUCGCUCGGUUCUGCGAAAGUAGAACCAGGAGGGUAGGAGUGAAAUUAAAUAGCUCCCGCGGACCAAAAGGCCGCAGAAGGACACUGCGAUAUAAAACCCCUGCUGCGGGCUUCUUCGACAUCCUCGGAGCAGAGGCUGCAGCAGUGCUGUGAGUCUGGGCUGGGGCUUACAGAAGAGAUGGUGGCGGAAGAACCCUUCGGGGCCAACGGCGGCGCUCACACACACUCCGCAGUGAGUGACAGUCUUGGCGUCAGGUGGCAACCGGCCGUAAAAGAAAGAAAGCCAAUCAUCACAACUCCAAAUCAUGAAAAGUACAGUUAAGAAAAGGGCAAACAAUACUAGGGCGUCCCCCUCAAGCGACGAUAACAGUGAUGGAAAUGCAGUAAAUACUAGGGCGUACCCCCGAAGCGGCGCUAAUGUCAUCAGAGCACCCGAGAUAUCACCCACGAUGCGCAUAGCGAGCUGGAACGUGGGCUCGAUGACAGGACGCAGCUCAGAACUCAGCGAAGUAUUACACCGAAGACGCAUCAACAUUUGUUGCAUCCAGGAGACGAAAUGGAAGGGGUCCAAAUCGCGUAACAUCGGGUAUGAUUACAAGCUGAUUUAUCAUGGAACAAGGACGCAGAAUGGAAUCGGCAUUAUAGUAGACAAACACUUUCAAGAUCGCGUAGUUGAAGUAAACAGAGUAAGCGAAAGACUAAUGUCAAUCAAACUUGCCCUGGACGAUCAACCGUGCAUGAACAUCAUAAGCGCAUACGCUCCCCAGUCCGGAACCCCAAGUUCGGAAAAGGAAUCUUUCUGGGAAGAAAUAAGUGAUCUGUUGCAGUCGAUACCAAACUGUGAGUCGAAGUUCAUCGGCGGCGACUUGAACGGUCACGUUGGUAAGACAACUACCACUUAUAGAAAUUCACUUNCUAAGGGCUCAGAGUGUGCCCGAGCAUUACAUAAUGAUUGUCAAAGAUAUGUACCACCAAGUAUCAACCAAAGUGCGAAGUCCAGCCGGAACAAGCAAAGAAUUUGGCGUGAAGGUUGGGGUGCACCAAGGCUCCGAACUCAGUUCUCUGCUGUUUAA